AUGCAUACCGGAGACAAGCCAAUCAAGUCGUGGCUACCGCAUCCGCUUGAGAGACUACUCAACAAUUGCGCCCCUGCGAACCCGUCAUAUUAUCGUAUACCCACAGACGAGUCCCGCGAUAACACUGCUCAUCGGCGUGGUUAUUCGAAGAGCAUGGUUUACGGAAUCCUCUUAGGCGCACUGAUCAUCGGCGGCGCAGGCUCGGGUUGGUACUUCAAUCAACGUGCCGGAGGAGGUGAGUUCCCGAGCUUGUACGAAGCCGAUAUCGAGACGACUUACAUCGCUCGUAUCAAUGAAGUGAACGAUAUAUUGCGCCCAAUCAUCGAAGUCAAUCCUGAUGCGCUGGAUAUCGCGACUGCACUUGAUGAGGAGCGCUCGAAAGGUACGGUGCGAGGACCGAUACAUGGCAUCCCUAUACUCAUCAAAGACACGAUCGCCACAAACGACAAGAUGAACAACACCGCUGGAUCCUACGCGCUCGUCGGAGCUAAGGUUUCAUCUGAUUCGACUGUCGCGAGGAAGCUCAGAGAAGCAGGUGCCAUCAUCCUAGGGAAGACAAAUCCCAGCGAAUGGGGCAGCUUUAGGAUACCAUGGAAUUCGAGUAACGGCUGGUCAGCGUAUGGCGGACAGACAUACGGAGCGUUUUAUCCUCAUCAAGAUCCCUCCGGCAGCUCCAGUGGAAGUGCGGUCGCGGCUUCGAAUGAAGCCAAGUACGCGGAACUGGACCUAAGAUUGAACCACCAACUGACUCAAACAGCCGUUGGAUUUACCUCGCGGCAUCUCGUGAUACCAAUCAGCGAGCGCAUGGACACCAUCGGCCCCCUAACAAAAACUGUCAAAGACUCCGCGUACGUCCUCCAAAGCAUCGUAGGCACCGACGUAUACGACAACUACACCUCUGCUAUACCAGAUAACACCGACAAAGAUUUUGUCGGCGCCUGCAAACUCACUGCACUCAAAGGUGCACGUCUAGGCGUACCUCGUAAUGUGAUCAACCUCAUGUCAGACAACACAACAGUAUCCAUGGUUGCAGCAUUCAAUGCCACCCUAGACAUCCUCCGCUCAUCCGGCGCGACUAUCCUAGAAACCGACUUCCCAGCCGCCCAAGCAUUCCUAAACGACACUCUCCUCGGCCUACAAAUAAUGUCCGCUGACUUCGUCGUCAACAUCGAGUCGUACCUCAAACGCCUCACCUACAACCCGCACAACAUCUCCACCCUCCCCGAACUACGCGCUUGGACACGUCAAAGCCCACUAGAAGGCUACCCAUCCAAAUCAACAGGAGUCUGGGAUUUCGCACUGGAGAACUGGAACAACACGACUCCGGAGUUCUGGCAGGCGUACCAAAAAGGUCUGUACUAUGAAGGCGAAGGAGGGUUACUCGGAACGAUAAAACGACACGGUCUUGAUGCAGUUGUUCUGCCGUCGAAGUUUUCUUGGUCCUUUGCUGCUGUUGCUGGGGCGCCGGUUGUGAGUAUACCGAUGGAGGCUAUGGGGGAUGAGCAGCCGGUUGUGGUUGAUCCGGAUGGGUUGGUGCAGUCGGCGCCAGGUAUUCCGUUUGGGUUCAGUUUCUUGGGGGAUAGGUGGAGUGAUGCGAAGAUUAUUGGGCUGGCAUAUGCUCUUGAGCAAAGGACGCGCGUGAGGGGGAAGGUGAAGCCGAUUGUUAAGCCGCGGACUGAACUGGGGGAUGUUGCUGGGAGGAAGUAG